CGAUUACUCCCCCCCCAUGGCAGACAUCCAGGACAAGAUCGCGGGCGCGCGGCGGGAGGCUGACGGUCUGAAGGACAAGAUCCGAGCGGCGCGGGAGCAGACAGCCGACACGAGCCUGCGCGCGAUGGCCAGCGACACGCCCCCCCUCCCCCGCGCCGCCCUCAAGGCCCGCCGGACGCUCAAGGGCCACCUCGCCAAGAUCUACGCGCUCCACUGGGCGGCAGACACCCGCCACCUCGUCUCCGCCUCCCAGGACGGCCGCCUCAUCGUCUGGGACGCAUACUCCACCAACAAGGUCCACGCCGUCCCCCUCCGCUCCUCCUGGGUCAUGACCGUCGCCUAUGCGCCCUCCGGCGCCUUCGUCGCCUGCGGCGGCCUCGACAACGUCUGCUCCGUCUACGCCCUCGCACCCGGCGGCCAGGCCAAGGUCAGACGCGAGCUCAGCGCACACUCGGGCUAUCUGAGCUGCUGCCGCUUCAUAAACGACAGGCAGAUCGUCACCUCGUCCGGCGACAUGACGUGCAUGCUCUGGGAUAUUGAGCAGGGCACGCGCACCAUGGAAUUCAACGACCAUACGGGCGAUGUGAUGAGUAUCUCGCUGGCGCCGAACGCCAACCUCUUUGUCUCUGGAGCGUGCGACGCCACGGCCAAGGUAUGGGACAUUCGCACAGGCAAGGCCGUGCAGACAUUUACCGGCCACGAGUCAGAUAUCAAUGCCGUCCAGUUCUUCCCCAACGGCGACGCCUUUGCCACCGGGUCCGACGACGCCUCCUGCAAGCUCUUUGACUUGCGCGCAGACCGUGAACUCAACAGCUACGCCCACGACAAUAUCCUUCGCGGCAUCACGUCCGUCGCCUUCUCCAUCUCCGGUCGUGUGCUGUUCGCCGGCUACGAUGACUACAACUGUAAUGUCUGGGACACCCUCAAGGGCGAACGCAUCGGCGUCCUCGCAGGCCAUGAAAAUAGAAUCAGUUGCAUGGGUGUGUCUGGAGACGGGGUGGCCCUUUGUACGGGUAGCUGGGAUAGCUUGCUCAAGGUCUGGUCGUAAUUGGGCUGCUAUACUGCCUUGUCUCGUUGUGCCAUAAUAAUAUCUGUCUAUAGGAGGUGGCUUUGGUAAUGGAUGUAUAUACCGGGUAUUCUUUCUUUUUUGUAAUGCAUCAUCAUGAUCAAG